AUUGGCCCAAACGUCAUGUUGUGGAGAAAACUGCAAUUCUGUCAUUUUGAUAAUAAUAAAUGAACGAUUGAGAAAGCUAAGCCAGUGCGAAACGACCAGGCAGUGGGAAGCAGAAUACUAAACGCAGCGGCUCGAACGAAAAUACAAAAACACCGUGUCGCGUAAUGGCUGGUCUGGUACAGGACUGCUUCUCCAUCGGCAGCACGGUGGAGUGUACGACCUGCUACAAUGCCAACAUCGAGGGCGAGGUGUUGGCGUUCGACCAGCAAACGAAAAUGCUCAUACUAAAAUGUCCGUCGGCAAGUAAAUCAGCAAAACUGAACGACGUCUACAUCGUCAAUCUGGCAAUGUGCAGCGAUGUGCAGGUGAAAAAGGAAGUCUGCAUAGUUCCGGAGCAGCCACUAUCGCUAAACCUCGAGCGCUUGAGCACCCGCGCCAGGAAUCAGGUGGAACAGAAACGGCUUCAGAUAUCCGCGCUUUCCGCCGGUGUCAGUCCCGAGGGUCAGAACCUUUACAUGGCUAUUGCACGCACGAUCAAACAGGUCACCUGGUCCGGUCCAAACAUUGUGGUGUGCAAAGACGUAACGAUAACACCUCCAUACAAAGUAGACAACGUGAACAGUUCCGACCAACGGCAGCUGAGCUACGUGAAGAAAAUCGUGGAAAAGCACGAAAACGAUCAAGCCAACAUAAAUCAAAGCACAUCGGCAGCGGACAUAGCUGCCAACUGAUUCUCUCCACGCGCCGGAUGGAGCGAGAGACACCGUGGGUACGACGGCGGACGUCGCGACGGGCGUGAAUGGUGAUGAUCGGACCCCACCGAACAGCCCCGAGGAGAGAGUUUGUACCGCGUGUGCUGAAUGUGGGUGUGUGUGUUUCGUUUCUUCUUUUUGUUUGUGGCGCGGUACCAACUACCACACUCUCCCCACGGGGAACGGUGUGCUCCGGUCCAGUGUGUUUGCGGUGAUGAUGGGGAUGGGUGCGGUUGUGGCGAAGGGGGUUUUGGACGGCUAGGCUGAUGGCUGGAUUUGGUUAGGCGGUUAGAGAAGAAUAGAAUGAGUAAAAUCACACGAAAACAACAAAAAAA